GAGCACAAAGAGAAUUAAAAAUGUUUCGUCGAUUAGUUAUUCUUGUUAUGGGUAUUGCUAUGAUUGGUUUUCCUUAUGCAUUGUUUAUUUUUAUAUCAUUUUUUACCACACCACCACAAUAUCAUUUUCGAAUUGCAUACAUAUUUGUUGAUACAUCAAUGGCAUUUGUAAUGAUUGCUCUAUUUCAAUUUACAGAACCAUUGAAAACAUCUAUAAUGAAAAGGGUAACUAGACAAGCAAAUAGAUAA